AUGUCCAUUUCUACCAUUUCAACAGAAUCCAUUGCUACAAAAUCCUUAUCAACGAAUGAUUCCGAGAAGAAAUCUAGUCCUGUUUAUAAUAUAGGGCAAAAGGUUGAAUGUCUGGUAGUAGAUUCUGGGCCUUUAAUCAAAGGAACGAAUGUUCGUUCAUUUGCUGAAAAACUUUAUACUGUUCCUGAGGUCAUAUCCGAAAUUCGAGAUAAACAUUCUCGUGAUUUUUUGAAUCAAAUCUCAUUCGAUAUUCAAGUUAAAGUACCAUCAGAUGAAGCAUUGAAAGAGGGCAGUUUGUCUGCUGUUGAUUUGAGGGUUUUGGCCUUAACCUAUAUGCUUGAGGUUGAAGCCAAUGGCACUGAGCGGUUAAGAAAAGAACCCGUAAAAUCUCGUAUGCAAUUUGGUGGUUAUAAUAAAAAUUCCAUCAAAGAUUCUAAAAUGAAAUCCGAAGAAAUACGUGUAAAUAUCGAUCAGCAGCAAAUUGAUGAAUCAAAUUUAGUGUCAAAUCUAGAACAAUUACAACUCCAAAGCAACAUAGCUGAGGUACCUAGUCCAGAAAGAGACGAGAGUGAUUUGAUUAUGGGAGUUGAUGAAUUAACUUUAGAAAGUUCAAUGAGUGACACCGAAAGGAAUAAUACGAAUUGUACUAAAAUAAAUGAUUCAGACCAAACAUCUAUAAUUCAAAAAACGAACGAGACAUUGGAAGUUCGAGGUCGUCAAGUUGAUUAUGAUGACGAUGAUAUUGGGUGGAUCACCCCGGAUAACAUUGAUAAAUAUCAAGCAAAAGAACAAAAGUUUACUAUCAAUUUAAAAAAAGAUAAUGAAAACAUGAAAAUUGCUUGUAUGACGACGGAUUAUUCUAUGCAAAAUAUUUUAUUACAAAUGAGAUUAAAUUUGAUAUCGGUUGACGGAAAGAGGAUCAGAAAGGUGAAGAACUGGGUUCUUCGAUGUCACGCGUGCUACAAGGUAACUACAAAUAUGGAGAAACAAUUUUGUCCAAAAUGUGGAAAUGCAACUUUAAUUCGUACAUCAACAAGUACGGACGCGAAUGGUAACGUGACUUAUUACUUGAAAAAGAACUUUCAAUAUAAUUUACGCGGAAGCAAGUAUUCAAUACCGGAUCCAAAAAGUGGUCGUCACGCCAAUAAUCUUAUUCUUCGUGAAGAUCAAAAAGAAUAUCAAAAGGCGUUAAAAAAUCAAAGAAGACAAAAAGAAAUUGAUAUAUUUGAUCCUGAUUAUAUUCCAAGACUUUUAAUCGGAUCAAACCUUUCAAAAUCUAAUACACCAGUUAUUGGUUAUGGUCGUAGAAACCCAAAUGAAGCUAGACGAGGAAAAAACAAGGGGAGAAAAAAGUGA